AUGAAUCUCCUGGCCUGGGCCGUACUUCUCGCACUGCUGGCCCACCCCAUUACAUAAUCAGCUGAGAUACCUUACCCAGAAUUAGUAUCAUAGGAGAAUGGAGGAGUUGGACCUGUGGAUGAGUUCUCUCUUUUGGAGCAAACCUUUACUCCGCAGAGUGGUCUCCGAUACUCUACUCUGGAAUCUGGGGAGAACAGAAAUGGUGUCAAAACUACAGGCAAGCUGAAAAGAGAGGUCUUACAGGAGGAACAGCGUCUGCAAAACCCUUUUAGUCAGCUACUGGGCAUUCACAAGCAGUUCAGAAAAAGACAGUAGGCAGAAUGUUUCUGGAAGUACUGUCAAGUUUGCAUUGGCUAUGCGUUCGACCCGCAGGAUAGAGGGCGAAUGUGUCGCAACAAACCCCAGUAG